UUUCUCAUUUUUCAUUUCUUUCGCACUCCGCGUGCACAUUGAUAGUUUCGCGAUUAGUCCUCGACAAAUACCACCUGCCUCGAUGAUACGAGAAAGAUUGGAGACUCCUGUCUUCGAUGGUCGAAAGAUAUCGUCCAUUUCUCGCAGGUGUAUUAUGCGUGGGUGUUAUUGUGGAUGGGACGAUGGGACGAUUGACGUUUCGUUGCCGAGACACGAGAACCACUGGAAAAAUGUGAACGUAUGGACACCCAACUGUCCGUUGUCUGUCCGAGUCUCCGUCGGUGUUCAGUGUCGUCAGUUCGAUCCGGUCAGUGGGCCAUUCAGCAUGAACAACGAGCGCAAAGGAUCCAUUUCCUCCUUAUUUGGGAGCCAGAAUCAUCUAGUACCGAUAAAAUCCAAGCGAACCUUUUUCAAGAAACGAACUCAAAUCUCCAACCUGCUGGUAAUAAUUUUGUACCUUCUGGUGGGCUCCUUGUUAGUGGCAAUCAUAGUGCUCGCGAUACUUUAUGCGCGUAUCGGCAUGAUGGAGAUAUGCGAUAGUGAAGAUUGCGUGCGGAUAGCGGCUAGUUUGAAGGGAUCUAUGAACACCUCUGUAGAUCCUUGCGACGAUUUUUAUCAGUACGCAUGUGGCAGGUGGCCACUGCAACAUCCUAUUCCGGAUUCCAGUUUUACGAAUUCCUGGUUGCGCGAGGACAACACUCGAGUAUCCAGGAAAAUCAGGGAUCUGCUGAAGGCCAAUAUAUCCGCUAGUGAAGUACCCUGGGCGGUAAUGCAGGCAAAGACGCUGUACACCAGCUGCAUGGACGUGCAUGCGAUGAACGAGCUCGGUUUGUCCUCGCUGUAUGAUUUGUUGGGGUUAUUGAAUAUACCCGUAAUACCGGCGUCUCUCACUAACGUUACCAGCAAUUACAUCGAGCAAAUCGCUAGGGUAAAAAAAAUUCUGGGUCAAGAUAUUUUCUUCGGCUUCGGGAUCAUGCCUGACUUGAAAAACAACAGCAGGAACAUAAUCGCCUUCUAUCCUCCGGAGUUAGACAGUCCUUUUCCCAGAGAUAAAGAAUUGGAGAAGCGUCUGCGGACUAUCAGAUCGCGGUUGCGAAAACUGGAAGAUCUGGAUGAUGAAGCCACGUUGAGCGAGGAUGAGGAUGCAGAACUGACCUACAUAACCGACGUUGUCAAUCAAGUCAUCAACAACGGCACUAUCAAUGUUUGUAACAGUGACUACUCUAUAGUGCCCAAGGAGGAACUGGACGAGCUCGUUGAAACACUUUACACAAUGAGUAACUAUAUCAAUUAUAAAGUUAUUCUAGAUGGAAAUCUAACUAUCUACGAAGAAAUUCUCAACGACGACGAUUAUAUGUUGGUGGAUGAUUUGCAAAAGUUGACGGACGAGUAUGUGAUAAGCCGUAAUUCAACUUAUAUGCCUAAACCAAUUUGGCGACCUUUUAUCGAAUCCAUUUUUGAUUCAAUCGCCACAUUGGAUCUCGAUAAGAACAAGAUAUUGAUCGGCAAUUUGAAGUACUUGAAAGACAUGGCGUUAAUAUUCGCCAAUAUCGAGGAGCAAGACUUAGAGAGUUACAUCUGGUGGGCUGUCGUGAACGUCGUAGCACCUCAUUCUUCCGAAAAGCUCCGGGAUAGUUGGACCACGUAUCUCAAUAACUUGAGAAAUAUCUUGGACAUAGAGAUGGGAGAAUCCAAAUCCUUGCAAUGUGCAUCAGCUGUCAACGAAUUGAUGGGAAUGGCGGUGUCCUGGUUAUUCGUAGAUCCAACAUUUCACGAUAACGAGGCUCUGAAAGUGCGGGAGAUGCUAGAGAACAUAAAAGAAGCAUUCGCUUCGCUCGUCGUUAAGACGGACUGGAUGGAUCAAUCAACAAAAACGGUAACACUUGAAAAGAACCGAAAGAUGAGCUCCAAAAUCGGAUUUCCCAAGUGGCUUUUCAACAAAGAGGAACUCAAUCAGUAUUACGAAGGCGUAGACUUGUCGGAAACAAAGUACCUGGGGAAUAUGAUACAAAUUCUUAAAAUUGAAUUCAAUGAAACGUGGGCGACCAUACACGAGAAUAAUAUCUUUAAUGACUCGUACUGGUUUACCGAUCCCACCACCGUAAACGCUUACCAUAUCCCCCAUGCUAAUGAAAUAACGAUACCUGCUGGAAUUCUUCAAUUUCCAUUUUAUGAAUUGGGACUCGAAGCAUUGAAUUACGGUGCUAUCGGCUCGAUACUUGGACAUGAACUGUCUCACGGAUUCGACAAUAGCGGUCGACUUUACGACAGCGAUGGGAAUUUGAGGCAAUGGUGGACCAAUGAGACUAGCACGGAGUACACUAAAAGGACUCAAUGCUUCAUAGAACAUUACAACACGUAUUACGAGCCGGUGAUCGACCAGUACAUCGACGGCGAAGAGACCUUGGAUGAGAACAUUGCUGACAAUGUUGGCCUUCGCGAGGCCGUGAUUGCUUAUGAGAGAUGGAAGACACGACACGGACAGGAACCUCUGCUUCCGGGAUUCACGCAAUUCACGCACGAGCAGCUACUCUACCUCGCUUUCGCACACGUGUGGUGCGAAUCUUAUACAACUGCUUCGUUAAAGUGGCUAUUGGAUGAUACUCACAGUCCUCCCCACGUGAGACUUCGUGCGGUAUUGAAAAACUCCAAGGAAUUUAGUGCUACAUGGAAUUGCCCCGCAGAAUCGAAUAUGAAUCCGUCGAAAAAGUGUCAUUUGUGGUAGCACUUACAGCUUCGAUCGAUCGAAGACAGCUCGGUGCUUCGCUACGAUAUCGUUGAUCAAUUAAACGUUUAUCCACUCGAAGAUGUGGAGUUUGUAAAUUUCGUGUGCGAAUAACGAUAGUCCAGCGUUCACUUAUGCAAGAGGAUUAUUUGUAACGAAGGAAUUUAUUUUGAAUUUGUGAUUAAUUUAACGGGCGAUAAUACGUUCAUUCUAUGCAUCUUAAAAUUUGACGUCGUAGAAAUGUUGAAAGAAUAUCAUGAUUUACGAAAUGUCGCACAGAACAUGUUACGCACAUACGCACAUACACUCAUAAACGUCAUUCUGUUCUUUCCAUAUAAUCUCGAUAAGAUUUUUCGCACUAAUAUGUCAGUGGGAUCUUCUGUCGUCGUGAGAAAUAAUCAAAUAGUGGUUCAACCAUGUUUGUAAUAAAAGAAUUUUAUUUACGUA